CUCUGACCUCCAAAGCUUCAGGGAGGGUACCAAAGGAGACCCGACAGCGCAUGCGCAGGCCGAGCACCCGCCGGCUAGCUGCGGGCCCCAAGAGACCGGCCUUCGAGGCUCCGCGUGUUCCGCACGGCUCACCCAGGCCUGCUCUCCGCUCGGCAGGCGGCCAGCGCCGGGAACGUGAAGUUCAUGAAGCUCAGCGAAAAGGUCGCGAGAAAUAUGAAGCAUUCCGGGACUGGAGCCAACCCUGCCGCCUAGGCCUCAGGUCUAACACUAUCCAUGCGGGUAGGGCGCGCUCCGGGUGGCCACACCCACCGCGCUCUCGCACGCUACGCGGGGCCCAUCCGGAUCCCCCGCAGUCCGGCUUCCGGCUUCUGAUUGGCUGGCGCCUGCGGUGGGCGGGAUGUGCUGAAGCCGGCAAGAUCCCGCACGCGAGCGGCGUUCAGAAGCUGGCUGGACGAAAGAUUCUUCAAGCAAUCACGAUGUCAUCCAACACAGAUCUUACACUUUCUUCUUAUGAUGAGGGUCAGGGAUCUAAAUUUAUUCGAAAAGCUAAGGAGGCACCAUUUGUCCCUAUUGGAAUGGCAGGUUUUGCAGCAAUUGUUGCGUAUGGAUUAUACAAAUUGAAGAGCAGAGGAAAUACAAAAAUGUCCAUUCACCUGAUCCACAUGCGUGUGGCUGCCCAAGGCUUUGUCGUGGGAGCCAUGACUCUUGGUAUGGGCUACUCCAUGUAUCAGGAAUUUGUGGCAAAGCCUAAGAAGUAGAAGAGAUGCUAUCGGCCUUGUUGGAAGUGCUUGCUUUAGUUACUACACAUCUCACAUUGAGGUUAUAUGUUUCUGUCAAAAAUAAAUAAUACAAGUGGGUUUAGACAAUAAUAUAGUACUUUGAAUAAUGACUUACUUUCUUGCCAGCUCGAUUUACCUGGUAACCAAAUUAUUAGUGACUAGUUCACUAAUGAGGUCACUCAGGGGAGUCAAGCUAACACAACAGAAGCCUAUCACCAGAAUAUACUUGGUAAAAAUGUCCUUACACUCUUCGAUGAACCUAGUUUUAAAGAAGACAGCAGGACAAUCCUGAAGUUCUCCAUUUGCUGCAGAAAGCUCCAUGCUUUGGAUGGAAGUGUGCCCCAGUUAAUUUAACCUUUGCCUGCCCAUGGGCUGGUUUGAAAACCUCAGUUUUUAAGGUUUGUUGGCUUCUGAAGAACUCUUUCAAAAGAGUGCAUGAAAUAGAACUAAUUUAAAGUUCCCCACAAUUGAGAGAGAGAGAGAGAGAGAGUGUGUGUGUGUGUGUGUGUGUGUGUGUGUGUAUGUGUGUAAACCAAACCUGGAAAGCUUAAAAUACUGCUGUAUAGAAGCAGUAUUUAGAAUCACACGCAUAAACAGUAAUUUAAUUGUGAAUCCCAGUUUAGCUCUUUUAUAGUUACAAAAUUAUAUUUUUGCUGCUGUGGUAUUAGAAUGAUUUUUAAAUGUCAUCUUGAAGUAACAGUUUGUGUGUGUGUGUGUGUGUGAGAGAGAAAGAGAGAGCAAGGUUGGGCAUCAAACCCAGGGCCUCACAUGCUAGGCAGGUGCUGUGCCAUUAAGCUACAUCUCAACCCAGAAAUAGAUACUUCAAGUGGUAAUGCAAAGAUAAAGAACAGAUUUUAAAUAUGGGCUGUGUGUGUACUUUCUCUGUAAGUAUCAUUAAAUGUUAAAAGUAUCAAAAAAUGAAAGUCAUUAGUGGUUUGUGGGCUGAUUGGUUUUGUGAGACAUUAUACACAAACUUUGAUACACUUCCCUUGUCUAACCUGAACUACAUUCCAUCGUGACAUGACAUAUGUAUCAUUAUUAAAAUAAGUGAACCCAUCA